AUAAUACAAAAUAUACUCACACCUUUAGGUGAAAAGUUUUAGUCAUGGCUUGUAAGACCUCGUUCGAACUCCACCACAACUUCCCAAAGUUGGCUGAAGAAGCUGGAUUCACGUUCAACACACACAGACCGCGAGUCCAUAUACAAUGGAAUAAAAUAAAGCUAAUCGACAUUGAGAGCUUAGUGAGAAACAGAAACUUUAACAUCGUUGAACAACAUCUCAAUGAUAUACUAGACUGCGUGAUCGAUUUAGAAUUUGAUGUACGCAUUUUGGACGAAGGAUUCUUAAAAAUAUUUCGUCUGGCACAACUUGCAGUGGAAUACCAACAAUUUUGUCGGCACUAUUUGGACCGCAGUGUUUUUGUUCUUAAGGAAGAAAUAACUAACCUUUUACAAGAACUCGACGCAACAAAAAAAUCUUUAAAAGAAAAAGAAGAGGAGAUAAGAAGAAUGAAAAGAAAAGUAAAACAUCCAACUCGUAACCAUCUGCCUUAUGGAAAUGAUAACAUAGCCAAAAUGAUAAUAAAUGCACUAAGCCAGAAUAAGACUGAAUUGUAUCAGACUUCCCCACUCAUAGACACUAUAAACUAUAACAAAUGUGACUACUGCGAUAAAGCAUUUUUGAAUCAGCUUUAUUUACAAAGCCACAUCUCACGACGGCACGGAGAUAUUGUUGAGGUACCACAAAAAGAAACUGAAACUAAAAUGAGUGGCGAUACGUUGAUCACUAAUGAAAUCAUUGACUUAAAAACUAAAUUAAAGGAAAUGGAAGAGCUGAUUAUCAAUUCUAAAACAAAGACAGGUGAAAACAAUACCGAUAUUGCUACAUGUAAUGAAGAUAAUAUAAUACAAAAUAUCCCUGUAAAAGUUGUAAAAGAUGCUGAAGUAUGGACAAACGAUGAUAUAAUCAGUCCAACAGAACAAAAUAUAAGGACAUCUGAACAAGAAUCUUACGCAAAAGAGAUUCAUCUUUUGCGUGCCCAAAUACUUGAUUUAAUUAAAGAUAGUCAUGCUGACAAGCACUCAGAAAACGAAACUUUGGAACAACUUAAUGCGACUAUAAAAAGUCAAGGCGACGAAAUAUUAGCACUGAAACAAGAACUGCAAAAGGAGAACGCUCGCGAUAAAGAAGACCGGAAUAAAAUAGAAACACAAUUAAAAUACUGGUGUGAAAAAGCCGAAAGCCAAGACAAGGAUUUAAAAGCUCUUCUGCAGAAGUUGAAUAAUGUUGAAAGUCAGGCACGAGAAUAUCGUGCAAAAGCUGAGACCGAAAGGGAAAAAUCCGGAAAAUUUGAAAAUUUAUUGCAGCAACAUCUAAGUAGGCAACCAGUAAAGUCAAAUUCUCCAACACAUAAAUCGGCAACGAUAUCGGACGAAAGAGAAUACCGUCAGAAAAAUGCAGAAUUAAAAAAAAUCUCAACAAGUGCGGUAGAACAAAUUGUUCUUAAAAAGCUUCAAGAACGAGCACAGGAGCUUUUAAAUAUAGACCAAAUAUCUAGUGAAACGUCUACUAUAAGUGACUUUAAUCCGCAAAGUCACGAAAAAAAUUCUAACUAUAAUAAAAAAGGUGAAAUUGUAUCGAAUAUAUCUAACAAAAGUGGUAGAAAUACCAAUUCUGAUUUAAACCUAAAUAAGCAAAAGCGUAAAAACGACAAAAAGCCAAAAAAUGUUUCUAAGUCUAAAGGGAAAUUAUCCGAUACAAGGAAAGACAGUUUUAUAAGUCCAGGAAGUCCUAUUAAAGUAGUACGAGCUAAAUUAACAGAAGAGGUUAACAAUCGUCUUGCAUCUUUGGGAAUUGACCCAUUAAAAAAUAAAUUACCUAAAACAACUUACCAAAAACAACGCACUCGUUUACAGGAACAAAGAGAAAUGAAAAUAAAGAAGUAUCCGGUACGGGAAAAAGUGUUACAUUCUGUAAUCGCUCAAUUGGAUAUGAAAGCUACAAAUUCAUAUCGCAAUAAUAUUGAGAAUAAUGUCGUAUCACCGAAUAAAAUUUCUAGAGCCUUUAGUCUUUCUUCAGUUCUUUCAAAUGUAAAGACAAAAGCCUUAUCAAUUGUUAAGUCGAAUGAAAAACUUGACUCUCCUAAGAAAUCAUACAAAUAUAUUGCGAAGAAGGCUACAGCUUUGAUAAAAUCUUCUCCAGAAAUAACACGUUUAAGUAAAUCUAAUGACGAAAUAAAUCGCGACAAAUCUAACGUUAUAUCCAAAAUGAGCUCAGAGGAUGAAGAAUCUAAUGAAAGUAAGAUAAAGACGAAACCCACGAGUUCCAAGAAACUUAAAAAAAUCGUAGUAAGUAAUGGCCAUAAUGAUUCUGAUUCAAGCGAUCGAGACUUAAUGGAUUCCGACAAAUUAAUCCCAACAAAUAAAAAUAUUUUAAACAUUAUUAAGUUACCAGUACGUAAGCCUUACGAGUCACCCAUAAAAAUUGAAAAAUCAGAUAAUAUAGCACAGAAUCAACCUGAAAUAAUUAUAAAUAAUGGUAGACAUGAUGACAGCAGUGAUGGUAUUGAAUCAUUAGUGGAAUUUCCACCAAGAAAGGCUUUAUCGGAAGAUAACAUCAGUAGUGUUAAGCAAACUAAAGGUGUUUUAAAAAACGCUACUUCUACAUCGUCUCUUAAUAAGAAAAAGGUGAUAUUUGAUAUGGAUGCCAUACAGAUGAAAUCGGUAAGCGCAUCACCAUCACAAAGUACUACUGAAAAAAGUGACAACAACGAAACAUAUGAAUUAGGCAUUACCAACUUAGACACAGAAGAAUGGGAUCUAUCAAGCAUUGAAAACUUAGUACUACCAGAAAUCGCAAAAGAAGAACCGAUACCAAAUACUUCCAGACAUCAAAGUUCUAAAUUCACAGAACUUAAAGAAACUAUCGAGAACAAAUUGUUGGGAAGAAAUCAAACACUUUCUACAGCUCCUAUUGGGGGUGUAGACGUUUUGUCCGUACCUUUACAAAGGGGGACAAACCGUGGAGGUAGCAACACGAGUCUAGGUAGCUCUAUUCUAGACGACACUGAUACUUGAUAGUGGAGGAAACCAGA